UGGACAAGGAACAAGUGUUAUUGUAUGCGAUUGGUUUAUGAGAUAUUUGAGCAAUGAGGUUCUUAGCGAGCCUGUUGAUUUGCAGCUGGGCUGUGUUGGUUACACCGGCUCCGGAAUAUCUGCGUAGUUACCAAAGAUCAUAUACUUCAUCUACUUCAAAUGGUCCACCAAAGUACAAAACUAUGGUUUCUCAAAUGCAAGGAGCGUUAAAGAAAUCUUUAGCCCAGCAGUGUGGUUCUCGAACUAGUUGUCGCACUUAUUACUCAAGUUCUCAUGAAGGAAGCAGCAGUAAUACAAAUACAGAUAGUACAACCAAUUAUAAUGAUCAAUUGAUGGCGAGUUUAAGACAAAAGGUAGAGUCACAGAGUAGCUAUUCCUCAUCUACUCCAGAUGUUCCAACAGAGUACAUAAAUAUGGAUCCUCAAGUGCAAGAAGCAAUAAAGAAGUCUUUAGCGCAGCAGAGCGGUUAUAGAACUAGUUAUAGCCGCACUUAUUCCUCAAGUUCUCACGAAGAAAGCAGCAGUAAUACAAAUACAGAUAGUGUAAACAAUUAUAAUGAUCAAUUGAUGGCUAGUUUAAGACAAAAGUUAGAGUCUCAGGGUAAUACCGCUACUAGUUCAUCUAGAUAUACUACAAGCCAAAGUAGCCCAGGUUAUACAAGGACGACGUAUUCAUACGUCAAACCACAAACAUAUGUUACUGGGACUGAUCAUCAAGUUAAUACCCACAAUUUGGAACACGAUAGAGAGCAAGAUAAAAAUAGCGACGAACAACGUUUAGUACCAGGUGGGUAUUCUCGGACAACAAGUUUUUCUCGUACUGGAUCUUCAAGCCAUAGUUCAAGUCAAAACAGACCAGGAUACGUAAGGAGAACUUACACUUCAUCUAGUUCUUUUGGAGAACCUAAUUCACAAUUUAUCAAUAGCGAAAAUAAAAGGACUGAGAGCACUCCUCAUGUGCAUGAUGACAAAUGUGAACAUGAUGUAGAACAAGAAAAUAAUGCGCAGGACACCGACAACUUAAACCAACAUGGAACAUCAGGAUAUCGUCGCACAACCUAUUCUAGUUCUAGUUCAACAAGCUAUAAUUCAAGCAGAAAUAGACCACAAUAUACAGUAACAAGUUAUCAUUCUACAUCGAAUUUAAAUUCAAAUCGCGAUUCACAAGUAGGCGUUACUGAAAAUCAGGAAAACAAUGAAAAUCAUGAGCAUCGCCUUGAAGAUAACAGUGAUGAAGAUGAUGAUGGACAACGUAUUGUAAAUGCAGGACAAUAUUCAAAAACUACCAAUUCCUCGAGAACAGUAAGCCAUUCUAGUUCUAGUUCAACAAACUAUAAUUCAAGCAGGAAUAGACCACAAUAUACAGUAACAAGUUAUUAUUCUACAUCAAAUUUAAAUUCAAAUCGCGAUUCACAAGUAGGCCUUACUGAAAAUCAGGAAAACAAUGAAAAUCAUGAGGAUCGCCUUGAAGAUAACAAUGAUGAAGAUGAUGAUGCACAACGUAUUGUGAAUGCAGGACAAUAUUCAAAAACUGCCAAUUCCUCGCAAACAGUAAGCCAUUCUAGUUCUAGUUCAACAAGCUAUAAUUCAAGCAGGAAUAGACCACAAUAUACAGUAACAAGUUAUCAUUCUACGUCGAAUUUAAAUUCAAAUCGCGAUUCACAAGUAGGCCUUACUGAAAAUCAGGAAAACAAUGAAAAUCAUGAACAUCGCCUUGAAGAUAACAAUGAUGAAGAUGAUGAUGCACAACGUGUUGUGAAUGCAGGACAAUAUUCAAAAACUGCCAAGUCCUCACAAACAGUAAGCCAUUCUAGUUCUAGUUCAUCAGGUUUUAGUUCAACGCACAGUAGACCAGGAUAUACAAGAACAACUUAUCACUCUACUAGCUCAUAUGGAACACCGCACUCAAGUGUUAUAAAUAAAAGUGGCAAUAAAGACAAUGAUGGUAAUCUUCACAUUCAUAGUGAAAACUGUGAACAUGACAUAGAAAAAAAUAAUGAUGAUACUAAUAAUAAUCCAAAUUCUCAAAACGCGAACCAACAAGGAACAUCUGGUUAUAGUCGCACAGUGAGUUAUUCUGGUUCUAGUUCAGCCAGCCACAAUACAAACCGUAACAUAGAACAAUAUUCUGGGACAAGAUACAACUCUGUAACUGAUUCAAGCACAAGUUCCUAUUCCGAUGUGGGUAGUGCUUUAAAUAAACAAGAAAAUAAUAGCGCUGAUCAUAUUCAUAGCGAUAAAUGUGAACAUGAUAUAGAAAAAAACAGUGUUGAUGAUGACGAGCAAAGCAUUGUAAACAAAGGGCAACGUACGCAGACUUCAGGUUUCACUCGUACGACAAGUUACUCUGAUUCUGACUUAUCAAGCACUGGUUCAAAUCAUUAUAGACCCGGAUAUACAAGAACCACUUAUCAUUCGUCUAGUUCAUAUGGAACGCAGAAUUCCAAUAAUGGCGAUGGCCAAGAUAAUGCAGGUAAACUUCAUGUUCAUAGUGAAAACUGUGAACAUGACAAGGAAAACAGUAGUGAUUUAAAUGGAAGUGAGAAUCAUGCGCAAAAUGUUGGAAGGCAUAGAAUUACGAGUUACUCUCAUACGGUCAGUUCGAAUUCUAGGACAACUGGUUUUAACUCGAGCCAAAAUCGCCAAGGGUAUGCUGAAACAACUUAUAAUUCAAUGACACAUGGACAACCAUAUACGAUUACAAACAAUAAUCAGAGCAAUGAAGAUAGUGAUGAAGGUAAUAAACAGCAUACACAAAACGCAGGACAGCAUUCACAAUCAGCAGGGCAUGCUCAAACAAUAAGCUAUUAUCGUGCUGGAUCUUUUAUUCGAAAUUCAAGUCAAUCCGAACUAGGAUAUUCAGAAAGUACUAGUUCAAUAGAUACCAAUAACAGUCAGCAAAACAAUAGUGUACAUGGUGGCAGUUUUGAACAUGGUAAGAAUACUGUAGAACAGACAACUGAAAAUUUACAACAAAAUUCACAUACUAGAGGCAAUUAUGGAACAACAAGUCAAUCUCAUUCUACUUCAUCACGCUAUACUUCAAACCAAAAUAGACCGGGUUACACAAUAACAAGUUAUCACUCCACUAGCUCUUAUGCAAAACCAAGUACACAAAUCACUGAAAAUAAUCAAGAUACUACUGAUCAUAUACAUGACGAAAAUUGUGAACAUGGCAACAAUGAAGAUUAUGAAAAUCAUCAAGAGCAGGACAUUGGACAACAAUCAAUAUCAACAGGGCAUUCUCACACCGGUUUAACAAGAUACACUUCAAGUCAUACUAGUUCAGAACAUAGGACCGCAAGUAAUUAUGCACGAAAUACAACUGAGAAAAAUAUCAAUAAAGAAGAAGGAAGUGAUGAGAAUUCUAGCGAAGAAGACGAAUAUGACAGUGCCGGUAAUAGUAAUGAUAAAAGAAAUAAGCCUGGUGGUAAGGGCUGGAAAAAAUAUUAUUGGGAGAAAGAUUUUAUUCCACCAGGACAUCGUAAUAAACCGCAUCCUCGCGGCCAUGCUUACGGGCAUAGAAAUAGAGGCCAAACUACAUCUUAUUCUAGAUAUAAUUCCAAUUAUGGUGAACACCGUGGGCCAAAUCGAUAUAAUGUUACAACAACAACGUAUUCAUCAAGUCGUCCAGGCUACGUACCAUCACGUUAUUCCACAUCUGGAUCAAAAUACAAUGAUGGCGGUAGAACCACGUACACCUACUCCUCAGGUGGAGUAAGGUAUAGUACUAGUAAUAGAAAUUCAAGUACAACGGCAACUGACGCUUCACAGAAUGUUUAUGAAGACAAAGACACACAAUUUGCACCAGAAGUUGAUGGUACAGGGUUUGAACACGGUAGUUAUGACACUAAUACUGGAACCAGUGCAAUUGAUUCUGAUUCUAGACACAGUUCUAAUAGAAGUACCUCUGAAUACACACAGCAAAACUCUCAUAGCAAUAAUAAUGUAUCUACACAUUCAGGAUCUACAGGCUACGUGCCAUCACGUUAUUCCACGUCUGGAUCAAGAUACAAUGAUGGCGGUAGAACUACGUACACGUACUCCUCAGGUGGAGUAAGGUAUAGUACCAGUAAUAGAAAUUCAAGUACAACGGCAUAUGACGCUUCACAGAAUGUUUAUGAAGGCGAAGACACACAAUUUGCACAAGAACUUGAUGGUACAGGGUUUGAACACGGCAGUUAUGACACUAAUACUGGAACUAGUGCAAUUGAUUCUGAUUCUAGACACAGUUCAAAUAGAAGUACCUUUGUAUCUACACAUUCAGGAUCUACAAGUACUACUCAAAUGAUCAAUACGAAUAUUGUGAAUAGUGUUAAUGGUUCAGUAGUCUCCCAAGAAACUCAAAAACAAAAUAUAGAAAAUGCAAAUUCUGAACACAUUUCUGCAGGUGCGAAUAGUGAGGAGAAAAAACAUCGUUCAAAUGUUUCUAUGCACAGUGGGUCAAAAACAACCAAUUCGUCAUACACACUUGUAAGCCAGUAUUCACAGAGCAGUCAUGAAAGUAAUAGUGCAAAACACAAAGUAAUAACAGACUCAUCAUCAGACGAAGAUAGUUAUGAAAUACUUGACCAACGCACAGAAAAGUAUGAAGCAACAACUAACAGCGGCGAUACAUUUUUUGAAAAUCAAAACAUAGUUUCAAAUAAUUAUGCUUCUACAUCAAAAAUCGUAGAAGAGUCGAGUGAGCAUUCACAACAACAAAAAAAUGUCGUCGACAAAACGAAAGGUAAUGAUUUGCACUAUAUUACUAAUUAUAAUCAACAAAUCAUCAGUCAGUAUAAUAAUGACGACUUGCAUAAAUUUAAAAAUACAAGUAAGAGAGCUCAUAUUUCCUCAAUAAAUAGUACAUCAGAGGAAAGUAAACAAUUUGUCAUAAGUCAUUUUACAAAUAAAUCUGCCGAACAUAAGUCUGAUAAUUAUGCAUCUGCAAACAAUCAGCAGUUCAAUUUGCAGCAAAACAAAGAAAAUAUUAAUAUAAAUAAAAGUGCAACAAACUUGAUCGAAAGUACAACUUUCACCAAAUAUAAUUUUAGUAGUAGUGAAGAAAGGAAUGAACAAUUACAAUCAGGCUCAUUACAAAUUUCGCAACAAUAUCGACCUACUAACUUCAAAGGUGAUGCUCUUUCAAGCCAUGAUUUCCUCGAAAAUGAAAAACAUAAAUCAAAUUCUGAAAUAAAGAAUGCAUCUGUAGAUAGAAAUCAUCAUCAGCAACAAUCUGGUAGUCAUGGACGUAAUUCGAGUGAUAUACGAUCAACAUCUUCCAUAAGUUAUUCGUCUCAAAAUAUAAGUGGUCAAUAUCAUGUAAUAAAUAUGAAUUCUGGAAAAAAUUAUUCAUCUUCUAGUAAUAUGGCUUUGAAUUCUGAGUCAACCGAAGCUGAUACUCAACAAAAAGUUAUGAAUCAAUUCUACUCUCAUGAUAAUAGUUCAAGUAAUAACCAACACAUAUCAAAUCAACAAAAUAAACAUCAAAGUACUUUGAUAAAUGGAACCAAUCAAAAUAUCGCAAUAAACAAAACCGUUACUUCUGGUUCCACGAGCUACACUUUUAGUAGCAGCGAAGAAAGCAAAACAACUGCAUCACAAUCAGUUUCAUCUGAGUUCACACAUACAAGCAAUAAAAAAUAA